AUGCGACACCGAAGAAAUGGCAAUUUUGAGAGUACCAGGCUCCUCUAUUCCAGCAUGUCUCGCAGCAUAGACGUGUCCUGCAGUGAUGCUGAUUUGGUCAACUUCAUCCAAGAAAACUUUAAGAAGAGAGAAUGUGUUUUUUUUACGAAAGACACCAAGUCUAUGGGUAACUUAUGUAAAUGUGGAUACCCUGAAAAUCAACAUAUAGAGGGCACUCAGGUUAAUACGAAUGAAAAAUGGAACUACAAGAAACACACUAAGGAACUUCCUACUGAUGCCUUUGGGGACAUUCACUUUGAAAACAUGGGGAAAAGAGGAAAAUACAUCCGUUUGUCAUGCGAUACAGACUCCGAAACACUCUAUGAUCUCAUGACUCAGCACUGGCACCUGAAAACCCCUAACCUGGUCAUCUCUGUCACUGGGGGCGCAAAGAACUUUGCGCUCAAGCCCCGGAUGCGCAAAAUAUUCAGCAGGCUGAUCUACAUUGCCCAGUCCAAAGGGGCCUGGAUUUUCACAGGAGGCACGCAUUACGGAUUGAUGAAGUACAUCGGGGAAGUGGUGAGAGACAACACCAUCAGUCGGAGCUCAGAGGAGAACGUGGUGGCUAUUGGCAUAGCAGCCUGGGGCAUGAUUUCCAACCGAGAAAGUCUGAUUCGCAGCGGUGAUAAUGACGGGUACUACUUGGCCCACUACAUAAUGGAUGAUCUCAAGAGAGACCCCCUCUAUUGCCUGGAUAAUAAUCAUACCCAUCUCUUACUGGUUGAUAACGGCACCCACGGGCACCCAACAAUAGAGGCAAAAGUACGAACUCAGUUGGAAAAGUACAUUUCGGAGCGGGUCAUCCCAGGUGUGACAUCUAUCAAUGUGGCCAUCAAGAGUAAGAUUCCCUGUGUUGUGGUGGAAGGCUCUGGACGGAUUGCGGACGUUAUUGCUAGCUUGAUGGAGGCAGAAGGCACUCUUGCUUCUUCAUGUGUCAAGGAGAGCUUGCUCAGGUACCUACCUCGCACCAUUUCAAGGCUCUCGGAAGAGGAGACUGAAAGCUGGAUCAAAUGGAUCAAAGAAGUCCUUGAGAACCCUCAUUUACUGACAGUAAUAAAAAUAGAAGAAGCUGGAGAUGAAAUUGUGAGCAAUGCCAUUUCUUUUGCCCUGUACAAAGCUUUCAGCACCAAUGAACACGACAGAGAUAACUGGAACGGGCAGCUGAAGCUGCUGCUGGAAUGGAAUCAGUUGGACCUGGCCAGUGAUGAGAUCUUCACCAAUGACCGAAACUGGGAGUCUGCUGACCUGCAGGAUGUCAUGUUUACAGCCCUAGUGAAAGACAGGCCCAAAUUUGUCCGUCUCUUCUUGGAAAAUGGCUUGAAUCUGAGGAAGUUCCUUACCACAGAGGUCCUUAGAGAGCUGUACACGAACAACUUCAGCAGCCUAGUGUUCAAGAACCUGCAGAUUGCAAAGAACUCCUAUAACGAUGCACUCCUCACAUUUGUGUGGAAGAUGGUUGAGGACUUCCGAAGAGGUCUCAAAAGAGAUGACAAAAAUAGCAAGGAUGAGAUGGAGAUACAUCUUUCAGAUGAGUGUCCUAUCACAAGGCACCCGUUGCAAGCUCUGUUUAUUUGGUCAGUUCUUCAGAACAAGAAAGAGUUGUCUAAAGUCAUUUGGGAGCAAACCAGAGGUUGCACUUUGGCAGCUCUUGGGGCCAGUAAGCUCCUAAAAAGCAUGGCGAAGGUGAAGAAUGACAUAAAUGCUGCUGGGGAGUCUGAGGAACUUGCUAAUGAGUAUGAGACAAGAGCAGUAGAGCUCUUCACCGAGUGCUACAGCAGUGAUGAAGAUCUGGCUGAACAGCUGCUGACCUAUUCCUGUGAAGCCUGGGGAGGGAGCAAUUGUCUGGAACUAGCAGUGGAAGCUAAAGACCAGCAGUUCAUUGCACAGCCAGGGGUGCAGAAUUUCCUUUCCAAACAGUGGUAUGGAGAGAUUUCAAGAGAUACUAAGAACUGGAAGAUUUUACUGUGUCUGUUCUUCUUCCCUUUAAUAGGCUGUGGUUUCAUCUCAUUCAGGAAAAAGCCUGUGGAGAAGAGUAAGAAACUCUUCCUGUAUUAUGUGUCUUUCUUCACCUCCCCCUUUGUCGUCUUCUCCUGGACCGUCAUCUUCUACAUUGCCUUCCUAUUGCUCUUCGCCUACGUGUUGCUUAUGGAUUUCCAGAAAGAACCUACCGUCCUGGAGAUAUUCCUUUACGUGCUGGUCUUCAUUCUGCUUUGUGAUGAAGUGAGACAAUGGUACAUGAAUGGCAGUAAGUAUUUCUCAGAUCUGUGGAAUGUUAUGGAUACGCUAGCAAUCUUCUACUUCAUAGCAGGAAUUGUGUUCAGGCUUCACUCAUCUGAUGAAAGCUCUUGGUAUUCUGGGAGAGUCAUAUUCUGUUUGGACUACAUAGUUUUUACUCUGAGGCUGAUCCAUAUUUUCACAGUUAGCAGGAAUCUAGGACCCAAAAUUAUUAUGCUGCAGAGGAUGAUGAUAGAUGUCUUCUUCUUCCUCUUCCUCUUUGCUGUGUGGAUGGUGGCCUUUGGUGUGGCCAGGCAAGGCAUCCUGAGGAAGAACGAGCACCGCUGGGAGUGGAUAUUUCGAUCUGUCAUCUAUGAGCCAUACCUGGCGAUGUUUGGCCAGUACCCUGAUGAUGUUGACGGUACCACCUACAACUUCGACCGCUGCACCUUUUCUGGGAACGAGUCCAAGCCCUUGUGCGUGGAAUUGGAUGCCAACAACCAACCCCGCUUCCCAGAGUGGAUUACCAUUCCUCUUGUUUGCAUUUACAUGCUCUCAACUAACAUCCUCCUUGUGAACCUGCUCGUGGCCAUGUUUGGUUACACAGUUGGGUCAGUACAAGAGAACAAUGACCAGGUGUGGAAGUUCCAGCGUUACUUCUUGGUCCAAGAAUAUUGCAGUCGCUUGACUAUUCCCUUCCCUUUCGUCAUCUUUGCCUACAUAUUCAUGGUGAUGAGGAAGUGUUUCAAAUGCUGCUGUAAGAAAGAAAGUAAAGAGCCAUCUAUUUGUUGCUCAAAAAAUGAGGACAAUGAAAUUCUGGCAUGGGAAGCCGUCAUGAAGGAAAAUUAUCUUGUCAAAAUCAAUACCAAAGCAAAUGAUUCAUCGGACUACCCUUCUUUGAUGGUGCAUCGAUUUAGACAACUGGAUGCAAAG